AUGGACCAGUUCAAGACUCACACCACGUCCUCGGGUGGCCGGAACCGUGGUCACGACAACUGGAGACCGACUCAUCUCAGCGAAAAUACCUGCGACUGUUGCAAGAAGAUGCCCGCCGCCCAGACCGUUCACCAGUUGUGCAGAGAAUGCGGCAUCGUCGUCUGCCGUGACUGCGUUGCCAAGGGCGAGAUCUCGAACCUCGGCUCUCACGUUGCUCAUGAGGUUGGCGAUUUCGACUGGGUGGACCGCUACGCACUCUUGACCCAGCGCGCCGGCGGAUCGCGCGCUCCUACUCAGCCAUCCGUGGCCAUCGCCGUCCCGGGCCGUCAGGCCAACACUCCUGAUGCCUCGCCGACCAAGGGCCCGUCUUCUGCUUCCAAGAACUCUGCGAAGAAGGGCGGUAAGGCUUUUGGAAAGGACUCCGCGAGCGGCUUGACCCAGGUACGUCGAUUUUCACCCACACCCGUCUUGCCUCACCCAGAAGCUGAUUUUCUCCCCUCCUUCCCCUUUCUACAGACCACCCUCGCCACCACCCAGGAUUCGUCCCUGACUCUAUCUACGCCCACAAAGGCCAAGAACUCCUCCGCCACCACUCUUCCUUCGAAGAAGCCCAAGCAUUCGAAGAAGAAUAAGGCGAGCAAGAAGAAGCAGAAGAAGGGCAAGAGGUCGUACUACAAUUCCGACUCCGACUCUGACUUCGACGACGACGACAUGGGUUCAAACGCGCCCUCCGACAGGGAGUAUGUCCCGCCCGCGGAGGCAGGCGGCAAGGGGUCCGUCCCUGCCGCCACCGUCGACGCGGGCAGGGGCAUUGCUCCUGUCGGACUGGCGCAGUCCCGUCCCGUCCGUGCCGCUGCCAUCAACACCUACGAGAAGAUGCGCAGCGGCAACGUCAAGAAGGAGGAGCCCGAGGCUGAGGAAGAGACAAAGAUCUCUGAGAUUCCCGAGGCCAAUGUCCCGGCCCAGGACCACGCAUACGCCCAGCAGGGUCAAGUCCGGGGCGGAGGCGCAUACCUCCAUGCUCCUCAGUACGGCGAGGGUCCCCGUCACCUCAGCCUGCCUCAGCUUCACCCCGGUGCCGAUAACAAGCGCGCGGCGACUGCUGCCGAGAAGGCCCCGGCCACGAAGCGUCAGAACACGAGCAAGAUGGACUCCCGCACUGCCGGCAUGAGCUCCAUGUCCGCUGGCACCGUUGGUGUUUCCAAGACGGCCGCGACUCCUCAGAAGGCCAAGAGUUCUCAGAAGGGCAAGGCGCCUGAAGUUGUCCAGGUUUCUGGCCAGGCCCAGACUACCCAUGCUCAGUCUUCCAGCCAGGCUCAGUCUUCCCAGAACGCACAGCUUCAGCAGCACGCCUUCCCGCCCAAGCCCAUCGCCCCGAACAUCACAGUCGAAGAGCGCAACGCCAGCCGCCGCCUUGUCACCGCCGACUUGGGCGAUCUCGUCGAUGCGAUCCAGGCCAAGCUCAAGCUUCACAUCCGCGCGGCCGGUUUCACCAAGGGCCAGCAGUGUGACCUUGUCCUCCGCGAGAUUGUCCACAGUGCUUGGGUUGCCAACAUUGUCUUGAUGCAGAUGAAGCGCAACAACGGAGAGCUGUGUGCGAUUGCAAUCCUGCGCGGCUAUGUAACGGCCAUCAUUACCAACAUGAACCUGGGAGCCUGUCCCCUGACGACAAACUGGCUCGAUGGAACUCAUCAGAAUAUUCAAGCCAAUGCUGCGCUCGUUCCUGCCAUUGCCCAGAUCAAUGUUCCGCCUGCCUUUCAGCCUGGCCUUACCUUUCCCAUAAACGGCGAGGAUGUUGUGGGUGCUAACACUCUGACGUUCAUGGCGUCUGGCGGCCACGGCAACUAA